UUUUUAAUCUUAUUUAUUUCUCUUUCCUACUUUUUAUUCUAUUCCCAUCAUUACUGGUUUUUGAUUAUUUUGCAGCGCUGCUGUAACCUACUAAGAUCUUCAUCGUGUUUCUUGACCUGAAUGAAUUCUCUUCCCGUGUUCUUAAGCUACUGAAGUUGAUGUGCGUGGAAAGAUGAGAGCUCGUGCUUCCUUUCAACUCUUUGUAUUUAGUUGUGGCCUCUUUUCCGUAGCCUGUGAAGAUUUUCCCUCAGAUGAAGUGAAAGCUCUUACUAAAUUCAAAGAAGCUAUAUAUAAGGACCCACUUAGGGUUUUAUCAAAUUGGAAUACCACAAAUUCUGAUCCUUGUAGCUGGAAAGGCAUUUAUUGUUCUAAGGCUGGAGAUCAUGUCAUUAAAAUUAACAUAUCAGGGACAUCUUUGAAGGGUAAUCUUGCACCAGAGUUGCACCUAAUCUCUAAUUUGCAAGAACUUAUAUUGCAUGGAAACCUGCUCAUAGGCACACUACCCAAGGAAAUAGGCUUGCUGAGAAAUCUUAAAGUAUUGGACUUGGGCGCUAACCGGCUGACAGGAACAAUUCCUUCUGAAAUCAGCAAUUUAUCCAAUAUUUCAAAAAUAAUACUUCAAUCCAAUGGGUUGACUGGGAGUUUACCCCCCGGACUUGGGAACUUGGAAUACCUCGAGGAGCUUAGGCUGGAUAGGAAUAGACUCCACGGGGUACUGCCAGCCAGUAACUUCACAGGUUCUACAUCUGGCGGAAAAGGCAUGGAUAUCCAUGGUGGCUACAUAAGUGUUUUUUGUCAUUCAUCUCACCUUAAAGUUGUUGAUUUCUCCUUUAACUUCUUUGUUGGAAGUAUACCCAAGUGCUUGAGUUAUCUUCCAAGAUCGAGCUUUCAAGGGAACUGUCUACAAGUGAAGGCAAUUGAACAGCGCUCCGCUGUACGAUGUGGCAGUACACCACAUGGUAAGAACCAUACGAUAGUUAACACGACACCGCACCCGCUAGCAGAUAAUCCCAGUCUGCGUCGGCCUUCUUCAAAGCCUACCUGGCUUUUAGCCCUGGAGGUUGGGACGGGAAUCGCGGCGGGUACUCUAUUUAUUGCGGCUCUACUUACUACCUUUCAAAAGCUGAAGACCAAACCUUCUAUCAUUAUCCCUUGGAAGAUGUCAGGUAGCCAGAAUGAAGACCAUUUGCCCAUUUUUGUAGACACUGAGAUGCUGAAGGAUGUGGUGAGAUACAGCAGGCAACAACUAGAGGUAGCAUGUGAAGAUUUCAGUAACAUUAUUGGAUCUUCACCCGAUAGCUUCGUCUACAAAGGUACCAUGAGAAGUGGGCCUGAAAUCGCUGUUGUAUCCAUGUGUGUCAAGGAAGAUUAUUGGUCAGCGCAUCUUGAGCUUUAUUUUCAGGACGAGGUUGCAGAACUUUCUAGAAUAAAUCACAAAAAUAUAUCAAAACUGCUAGGCUAUUGUAGAGAAAGCAGUCCAUUUACAAGGAUGUUGGUGUUUGAGUAUGCAUCAAAUGGGACACUAUAUGAACACCUUCACUAUGGAGAUGGGUACCAGUUAUCAUGGAUGAGACGAAUGAACAUUGUUAUUGGCAUUGCUAAGGGGCUAAAAUAUCUCCACACGAAUCUUACUCCACCUUUCACUAUUUGUGAACUCAAUUCAAAUUCUGUGUAUCUCACUGAAGAUUUUUCUCCAAAGUUGGUUGAUUUUGAAAGCUGGAAGACAAUACUAUCAAGAUCAGAAAGGAGUUUGGGAGCUAUCAGUAGUGAAGGUGCAGUUAGCGUCUUCCCUAGCUCUAUGGAAAAGCGUCAUCUUGAUAUCCAGGGUAACAUCUAUUCAUUUGGGUUGCUUCUUCUGGAAAUAAUCAGUGGCAAACCUCCAUACUGCAAGCACAAAGGGUCCUUAGUGGAUUGGGCAAAGGAAUUCCUUGAAGUACCGGAGGCAAUGCCUUACGUGGUGGAUCCGGAGCUGAAACAUUUCAGAUAUGAAGACCUCAACAUAAUAUGUGAGGUGAUCAAAUUGUGUAUCCAACCAAGUUGGAUCAACAGAACUUCAAUGAGUGAGUUGUGCACUCUGCUUGAAGGAAAUAUUGACACUUCUAUGUCUGUGGAGCUUAGGGCUUCUUUAGCAUGGGCUGAACUUUCCGCCCUCUCCUGAUUGAUUCACUCUUCUAUGGCCAGAUUUUAUAGUGGCGGCAGCUCAAAUUACAAAUAUACAGACCAUCUAUCUUCAUUUUUUUCCUCCCAUUUUGUCGAGUAUCUUGAGUUGUGUGAGAUCUGUGCAAAUUUUGUUUGCCACAGAGAUGCUCAACUGGCUAUCCGUUUCAAUUUUCCUUUCCGUUGUAAUUUGUAAAUUACCAGAACAUCUUUGUGCCACAAUACCAAAUAGUCGGUAAAACAAUAGCUUAAAUUGCUCCAUUCAUUAAAUUGAUAGCCGACCCACCCAACCCGAAAAUAUGGAUGGAAAUAUAUAUCAUCC